UUCAGAUUUUAAUGAAGAAUCUUUUGGAGUAGUUAAAAUCUGACUUGAUCAUAGUUGAACGUUCUUACCUUUUUCUGGGAGGAAUCUGCUAAUGUUAAGAUACCCUUCGUAUAGGAAUUAUUAAAGUGUUUAUGUAGUUAGAUGCCAAGUGGUACGAUACAAUAUUUAAUAAUAAAAAUAUUCUAUGUAGAUUUUCAUAUUAAUUACAGAGGAGUUUACAGGAAUAGAAUAUGUGUAUCCAAUCGAUAAUACAUUUGGGUUCAAAUGCUACGUCAGUAUUUUUCUGCAUACUUACUGAUACUGAUGUUCACCAGUGCUGAUCAAAAGGUUCAUAUCGCUGGGUUAAACUCCAAAUUAAUAUAAAAAUUAAAACAUAAUAAGAAUCAGUAAUAAUUGUAGUUGAAACAUAUGGCUUAGUACAUAUAUUGAGAAAUAAAGGAAUUUUUAAAAAUCUUAAUGGACAGGAUGAUAUGAGUGAUAAAUUAAUUGCAUAGCAUUCUCUAAAUUCUGAAUUGGGAAAUCAUGGAAGCACCUUUGAAAGUGUUUUCAAGUGAUUUCAUUUACAUUAUAGUCAUUUAACAAUGCAUUUUCUUAUGUGGUAAAAUAUUCAUAUAUAUAUAUAUAUAUAUAUAUAUGUUUGUGAAACAUGAUGCUAAUAAAGUACUACAGUCCACCAGUUAUAAUUAUUUAAUCUUGCCUAUAGCCUUCAUGGGUUAUAAUCCCAAUGUGUAUGACUACUAUACCUUUAUUUCUGAGUUUAGGUCAAAGCUAUACAUAGAGAUCUAUUUAUUCACGCCUACUAUUAUAAUGCCUUGUCUUGCUGGAUUAUAUAAUUUUUCCUAGUUUUCUCAUUUGUUUUGUCCUGAUUGUUAUGUCUCAGCUGUACAUUUUACAAUAAGGCCCCAAAAUAUUUAAAUUUUCUUAGCCCCAAACAGAAACAAAUCAUUAUUUAAUCCAAGAAUGCUGACCAGUUGAGAGAAAAUUGCAAAAAUCAGUUUCGUUCAGUGAAUUUUAAGGAAGUUACAGGAUAUUUUCUUCUUAAAAGACCCAACAAGCACGUUUAAUUAACAUGUAUUCUCCACUGAAGAUGAGAAUGUGAUUUCUUUCCACCUUAGGAAGAGCACAGCCUUCCCCUUGGCUCAGGCAUGAGGUAGGGAUGCAGCUGUUGAUACCUAGGCUAGAUGAGAGGAAGUGCAGUUGACGCAGAGGUAAAUGGCAGCUGGGAAGGGAAGGAUGGCUGGAGAUGACCUUGUGCUCAUCUCUUACACCAGCGUGUUGUUUCUGAGCCUCUGUUGCGGAGAUGCUCUUCCUGUAGCAAGGAUGGGUAGGGGGAAAACCCAGAUUGGAUGUUAAGAGGAACAGGGGAAGAAAAUACUGCAGAAAGUUUGUUCAACAUUUUGAUUGGUGAUCUAUGUGCUUUUCAGGUGAUAUUAAAGAGAAAAUGAUUUGCACCCAAAAAGACAAGAGGGUCCCAGGAUUCUUGAGCUGUGCCCAGCUGACGAGCUUUUCAAGAUGGCACAAUAACUGUCCAGUGAUGCCUGACCAUGACAGCACAGCCCUCUUAAGCCGGCAAACCAAGAGGAGAAGAGUUGACAUUGGAGUGAAAAGGACGGUAGGGACAGCAUCUGCAUUUUUUGCUAAGGCAAGAGCGACGUUUUUUAGUGCCAUGAAUCCCCAAGGUUCCGAGCAGGAUGUUGAGUAUUCAGUGGUGCAGCAUGCAGAUGGGGAAAAGUCAAAUGUACUCCGCAAGCUGCUGAAGAGGGCGAACUCAUAUGAAGAUGCCAUGAUGCCUUUUCCAGGAGCAACCAUAAUUUCCCAGCUGUUGAAAAAUAACAUGAACAAAAAUGGUGGCACGGAGCCCAGUUUCCAAGCCAGCGGUCUCUCUAGUACAGGCUCCGAAGUACAUCAGGAGGAUAUAUGCAGCAACUCUUCAAGAGACAGCCCCCCAGAGUGUCUUUCCCCUUUUGGCAGGCCUACUAUGAGCCAGUUUGAUAUGGAUCGCUUAUGUGACGAGCACCUGAGAGCAAAGCGCGCCCGGGUUGAGAAUAUAAUCCGGGGUAUGAGCCAUUCCCCCAGUGUGGCAUUACGGGGCAAUGAAAAUGAAAGAGAUAUGGCCCCGCAGUCUGUGAGUCCCCGAGAAAGUUACCGAGAAAACAAACGCAAGCAGAAGCUGCCCCAGCAGCAGCAACAGAGUUUCCAACAGCUGGUUUCAGCCCGCAAAGAACAGAAGCGAGAGGAGCGCCGACAGCUGAAACAGCAGCUGGAGGACAUGCAGAAACAGCUGCGCCAGCUGCAGGAAAAGUUCUACCAGAUCUAUGACAGCACUGAUUCUGAAAAUGAUGAAGAUGGUAACCUGUCUGAAGACAGCAUGCGCUCGGAGAUCCUGGAUGCCAGGGCCCAGGACUCCGUGGGGAGGUCAGACAAUGAGAUGUGCGAGCUGGACCCGGGGCAGUUCAUCGACCGAGCCCGGGCCCUGAUCCGGGAGCAGGAAAUGGCCGAAAACAAGCCGAAGCGAGAAGGCAACAACAAAGAAAGAGACCACGGGCCAAACUCCUUACAACCCGAAGGCAAACAUUUGGCCGAGACCUUGAAACAAGAACUGAACACUGCCAUGUCGCAAGUUGUGGACACUGUGGUCAAAGUCUUCUCCGCCAAACCCUCUCGCCAGGUUCCUCAGGUCUUUCCGCCGCUCCAGAUCCCCCAGGCCAGAUUUGCAGUCAACGGGGAGAACCACAAUUUCCACACCGCCAACCAGCGCCUGCAGUGCUUUGGCGAUGUCAUCAUUCCGAACCCCCUGGACACCUUUGGCAAUGUGCAGAUGCCCAGUUCCACAGACCAGACAGAAGCACUGCCCCUGGUGGUCCGCAAAAACUCAUCUGACCAGUCUGCCUCCGGCCCCCCUGCCGGCGGUCACCACCAGCCCCUGCACCAGUCGCCUCUGUCGGCCACCGCAGGCUUUACCACGUCCACCUUCCGCCACCCCUUUCCCCUCCCCUUGAUGGCCUACCCGUUUCAGAGUCCAUUAGGUGCUCCCUCCGGCUCCUUCUCGGGAAAAGACAGAGCCUCUCCUGAAUCCUUAGACUUAACUAGGGAGACCACGAGUCUGAGGACCAAGAUGUCAUCCCACCACCUGAGCCACCAUCCUUGUUCACCAGCACAUCCACCCAGCACCGCAGAAGGGCUCUCCUUGUCUCUCAUCAAAUCCGAGUGUGGCGAUCUUCAAGACAUGUCCGAAAUCUCACCUUAUUCGGGAAGUGCAAUGCAGGAAGGAUUGUCACCCAAUCACUUGAAAAAAGCAAAGCUCAUGUUCUUUUACACCCGUUAUCCCAGCUCCAACAUGCUGAAAACCUACUUCUCUGAUGUAAAGUUCAACAGAUGCAUUACCUCUCAGCUCAUCAAGUGGUUUAGCAAUUUCCGUGAGUUUUACUACAUUCAGAUGGAGAAGUACGCGCGUCAAGCCAUCAACGAUGGGGUCACCAGUACCGAAGAGCUGUCUAUAACCAGAGACUGUGAGCUGUACAGGGCUCUGAACAUGCACUACAAUAAAGCAAAUGACUUUGAGCAGGUUCCAGAGAGAUUCCUGGAAGUUGCGCAGAUCACAUUACGGGAGUUUUUCAAUGCCAUUAUCGCAGGCAAAGAUGUUGAUCCUUCCUGGAAGAAGGCUAUAUACAAGGUCAUCUGCAAGCUGGAUAGUGAAGUCCCUGAGAUUUUCAAAUCCCCAAACUGCCUACAAGAGCUGCUUCAUGAGUAGAAAUUUCAACAACUCUUUUCGAAUGUAUGAAUAGUAGCAGUCCCCUUUGGAUGUCCAAGUUAUCCGUGUCUAGAUUUUGAUUUCAUAUAUAUGUGUAUGGGAGGCAUGGAUGUGUUACAAAAUCAGCUGGUAAUCCCUCCUCAUCAUCUUUCUCUCAUUUUCUUCUGUUUUCCAUUGCAAGGGGAUGGUUCUUUUCCUUCCGCCUUUAGUUUACUUUUGCCCAAGGCCCUUAACAUUUGGAGACUUAAAAUAGGGUUAAUUUUCAGGGAAAAAGAAUGUUGAUGUGUGUAAAGUCUACAUGAGCAAGGAAGGGCAUUUUUAAAAGAUGCUUCUGCUGGAUUGAUGGUUUAUUGCGCAUGGCGGUUGGCAGAGGGAGACCCGUGACACAGCACUACUCUGUAGUCAGUGAUGUGUCUCUUGUUUUUACUGCUGAGAAGGUCAGAAAACUCAAUGGAACCACUUGAUAAACUUAAAUAUUUUGUUUGGUUUGAACUCAGUAAGUCGCUUUUUAUUACACAUUUAAAAAUAAUGCCAGUGGCAGAUGAACAACUCACUUUUCACAAGUACCCCAAAAGGUCAAAUUUUAAAAAGAACAUAAUCACUAACCGUCAAGUCUUUCCUAAGAGAAAUGGCAAACGCCACAAGCUAGUACCAUUUUCUUUGGAGGCAAAGCAGUUUUGUACAAAACUGACUCUUUCAAAAUGAGACUGGAAAUUCAUGUGAUUUCUAGUCACCUCUCGAAAUUUUGCAAUAGGUUCUUCUUGGAAAUAAGUAUCUAUCGUUCUUCAUACAGAAAAACCCCUAUAACGUGUUAUCAUUUUCUAUUUAUCUUGCUUCAGAUACUAAAAGGCACAUAAGUUUCAAAUUUAUUCUUUGCUCAACUUUGUUUUUGUGGUUUAAAAGCAUUAUCAUUUCUGUUUAAUAUUUAACACUUCUUUUUUCAAAAAACACUAUUUUCUGAAUUCCUUUCUAUGGUAAGGAAUAAAGGACAUCCCAACUUGACCAUAAAAUUCCUGCCUACACUAGAAGUUUGUUAACAGCUGCUAGCUGACUCGAUCUUCCCCUCCUGAGAGGAGUACAUAUGAGAAUGACCUAUUUUCCUAUACAUUUCCACUCUACCCUGAUGGAUAUUCAAAGUGGUGACGGUCUAAUUUUUAAGUGUUUCUUCAUUUUAGGUACAGCGUUUUAAAGAAAUUGAUACAGUCUCUUCUAAUUCAGAAGCUAGUAAUUGACCAAAACGUGAAGAGUGUAUAGAAUAGGAGAGUUUGGGAGUUAACCCAAAAGACACAAUUUCAGCACACAUAAGAAAGCUAGCUGCUAUUUCAUGCUUUCUUCAAUGGUUCUCCUCUUUUUUCUUUUUCUUUUUUUUUUUUCCAGUUUUUCAAAGGUGUACAAAGUCCCGUACUUGCUUUUAAAAAGCCGUGUGGCGUUCACACUUGUUUUCUUAGAUGGGUUUUGUGUGCAGAUGCAGUAAGAAUUCCUUUUUUAUUCUAAUAGUGUUUUCCAGAACCCUCCCUCCCCUUUGGUAACUUGAUCUAUAUCUCCUAAAGUGACAAAGUAAAAAAACAAAACAAAAAAAACUGGUAUUUAGAUCGUAUACAACAUAAAUAUCGUUUUUUCCUUGAUUUUUAUAAAAAUUACAUUUGACUUUGGAGACUGCAGGUUGACCCAUGUAACUAGGUGACCCAAUCGCUGUAAUUUAACAUCAUUUAUAAAUUCUGCUGAUGGACAGGAAUGUAUGAAGGCAAUUAUUGUCAGCACAAAGCCUUAAAACCUGCUGACUUUAAGUUAAACGGCGCGGUCCUGUGAUGCCUGCGUCAUUCAGGAGACGUGGCCUCUUGCGGUGUGGACAGAGUGCAGUGGCCCGGGCUGGAACACCCUGGGCCUCACUCUGCACCCACAGCCAAACACAUCGCCCAGCUCGCAGGCUCCUACACAGAGCCAUGAGAGCCAAUUUGUUCUUGUUCCGGCUUGUUUGGAAAAAAAAAAAGUGUUUGGAUAAUCAUCACCUUGGAAUAAAAUGAAACCCCCCCCACAAAAAAAAAAUCCAAUCAGCACAAAGUAGGGAAGCAAUCUCAACUUGUGGUCACACUCUUUCGCCUUGCUUCACGCCCAAGAGUAUGACAUUCAUUGUUCACAUCAGCACAGAACUGGGUCUUUGCUGUUCCCGUGUAAUUCACAUCACCAUUGUGUUGCCAUUUGCAAGGUAAAAGGCAAAACCAGUAAUGUCUUCACCUAUAAAGAUAGAUUGCUAGUAUCUUCCUGACCUGGGGCAAAUUCAGUAUUGAUUCCUGACGUAUUUGAAUUUUUAGUAUUAUUCUCCCCUGCCUUUCUAAUUGAAAUAGACAUAUUAAGCAAAAACGUGUGUUCACAACCAAAUGUUGAUGCACUUAUCUACAAUAAUAUCCUCUCAAUGUUCACUGAGGCAUAGAAAUUGUUUCAGAGUAGAAAUUGCAGAGUGAGGAGAAACUCACCUCAUUGUCCUGGAAACAGAACUCAAUCAUUUUGCUUUUAGGUGAUUCUUUUCUCUUUCACCAUCAUAAAAUCUUGUGCCUCCCAGUGCAUUGGAAAAUGACAAAAGCCUAUCUCUCAAAACUCCUGUUUAACAAGUUUUCUUUAAAACACCAUCUUUCCAAUCUUAGCUCAACUCUCACCAAGUAAAAAUUGGCGACUUGGGAGAAAGUUCACUUUCUCUGGUGGGAGGGUGAAGGACUAGGGACAGUUUACAUAGGGAAACAAAGUCUAAAGUCCAUGUUGAAAUACCACAUUUCCACUUAUUUUCUGCUAACCCUAAAUUAUUUUUGCAUCUACACUUGAGGUUAUAGUCUGUGCCUAGACCUAAAUGCACCAGCGGGGGGAUUUUUAAAAAUCCUUCAAAAUUCCAGUUUUUUCCCACAAGUACAAUUGUUCUUGUGCCUUCUGUGGCUUUCGAUUUCAUCUUUUUGACUUUAUUUCCAAUUACUACAGCUGCAAUAAACACUAGAUUUUUUUUCUGGCUGUUUGACAUAACGUUGAUAGCUAUGCAUAUUUUGUGUCUUUUUAAAACAAAGCAGGAGAAUACGUUUUUGAAGAAGAGAAUUUUUAGAACAGUUUGAUACCGCAAAUUAUUUUUUCCUCAAUUGUUUGAGCAGCAUUCGAGUUUUGAAAAUUCUUGUAGAAGCCAAUUUUUUGUAACUGUGGUGCAAAUCUUGUGUUUUCUUAGCCUAAUGAAAAGUAGUAUAGAAGCAAUAUUUCAUACCAUGUGCUAUAUAUGUGUGUGCAGAUGUGUGAACAUAAAAACACAUACACACAUAUACACACAUGUAAAAAUAUACAUAUAUAUAUGCGUGUGAAGUGGAAAGCUUACCUUUUCCUAUCUAGAUUUAAGGACCUAUUUUAGGCAUUUGUUAUGUUUUGUGAAAAGAAUGUUCUAUUUGCAACAACAAAACAUUUAAUUCUUACUGUAUCUCUGGCUGUUUAAUGAGGACAUUUCACUUUAAAUGGUAAAACAACGUGGAAGAUGGUAGAAUGUAGUAAUUAUUUAAGGAAAUGUUCACCCACAUAUUCCUGAAGUUUGCUUUGUGCCUCCAAGUAUUAUUUCAUUAAAGUGUUUUAUGUUUGCAGAAUCUUUGUUGCUGUGCUAGGGAUGUGGGUGAAUAUCAUUUUAAAAAAUUUUAAAAACAACAAAAAAAAGCAAAACAAAAACACUAAAGCAAGAGGGGAACUUUUAUAAAGCAAUGUAAAUAUUUAACCUCAUGGCUGUUGUUACGUAAGACAUGAGAUUUUAAUAAAUAACUACAUUCUCACAACAUCUGUUGAAUUUAUUAGGAACACUUCAGUGACUGUAUAGACAGUUGAAAGCAUUCUUGAAAAUCCUGCUCUCUACUUUUAAAAGAUAACAGUCUCUUUCAUCAGAUGUCAAGGGCAAGGGUAAUGCAGUUUCUGUAAAUUUAUGAAAUUUCUUUUCUAUGUACAUGAAGACAUUUAGUACGUAACCUCCCUCCCCCCCCACACACACACAUACA